AUGCCUGAUCUUUCCAAUAGGUCAGAUGCAACAGUUUUAAUACAGCCUCUGAAAAGAAACCUGAAGAAGAGAAGGAGUCACAGCAGCAGUGACCAUGGCAGCACCAGAAGGAGCUGCUGCAGCUGCAGUGGUGGGAGCAUCAGAAGGAGAGCAGUGGUGAAGGUACCAGAAGGAGCUGCUGAAGCAGUGGAAGUGGAAACUCCAGAGGGAGCAGCAGUUGCAGCAGCCGUGGCAGAAACACCAGAAGGAGUCACUGCAGCAGUGACAGUGGAAGCGUCAGAAGGGGCUGCCACGGCAGUGGAAGCACCAGCAGCAGGAGUGGAAGCUUCGGAGGGAUCAGCAGUUGCAGCAGUGGUGGUGGAAGCACCAGAAGGAAUCAUUGCUACAGGAGCAGCAGAAAUACCAGAAGGGGCUGCUGCAGCAGUGGCCAGGGAAGCUCCAGUAGGAGCUGCAGUUGCAGCAGCAGUGGUGGAAGCACAAGAAGGAGCAGCUGCAGCAGCAGCAGUGGCGGAAGCACCAGGAAGAAGAGGAGCAGCAGUGAAAAUGCAAGCUGAUCUGAAGUUAAUAGCCAAAGUAGCAGAGAGGGUGGCAAACGCAGAAGUAGCCAAGGUGCUGCAGUCAGCAGCAGCAGAGCUUAAAGACAGAAGGAGUGGUGCAAGAUUAAAGCUGAGGGAUCCCACGCAGAGAGAAGAGGAGGAAGGGAUGAAGGAUGGUGAAGUGAAAUGAAAGUGCUGCUUUGUGUAAUACCACCAAAAAAGGAACACGGUCUACAAGCAGUGUCCAGUUCUGUUGCUGUUUGAAUAUGGACCAGUUACAUCCCUUUAGAGAGAGGGUGGGUCCUCAAUGAAAAAGUUCAAAUAAUAAAUAUGCCCUGUAUUCCAAGUGUAGAAGUUUAUUAAAUGUUUAGAAGGCU